AGGAAAUUCGAAUAGUACACACGGUUUUUCCAAUUUUAACUAUAGUUACUAAUUUUGGCUGUGAGUUUCCAAAUAAUACUAAAAAUAUGCACUACCAACAUUAAAUCGCCACUUAGACAUAAAAACAGCUUGGAGAGCAAGCCACUCAUUUCCCCAAGGUUUUGGCCUCCAGUUAAGAAACACUCUGUAUAUAAAGGCUGCACGAGAAGACUAGGCUUGCACUAACCUAUAAAAGCCGUUGUGUUUUUCAAAUUAAUGAACAAAUCAAACCCGAUGAGUAAGGAACUAAAAAAUUCCAUAGCAAUUCUAUGCAAACUGAUCAACGCUCUCCAUGAAACCAGUUUGAAGCCUGAGCAUUUUCGCCUGGCAAAAUUCGAUCAAAAUGAAGAAAAUACCGUGGAAGUUUUAUGGGGCGUUUUGGGAAAGAUUCUGAACGAAACUAGUCCAGUGGCUAUUCAGGAAAAAGUCUUCAGCCUUCAUUACAAUAGAACGCAAUUUUACUGCCUGCAAAGGGAAAACCUGUGUGGAAGUAGGGAGUUGCUCCUUGCUCUGGGUUUUCUAAUAGGAACGACGGUUGAAAGGGAUUUACGGGAAAAGUUGGAAAGUAACCCACUGCCCCCCGUAAACCAUUUCGCCCCCCAGCCACUUUCUGCUGACUCAAAUGAUCAAUUCGAGUGGAAAAAAUUAAAUGAACGCGAUCUAGAAAAGUACAGAAAGUGGCUGGUUGGUCACAUCGCGUCCAACCACGACAUGAUUUCUGAAUAUAAUGAGCAAAUACGCAAGAUACAGACCAAAUACGACAAAUGUUUGAACAUCAAAGCCCAUAAUAUGCUCACAAUCUAUGAAAUACUAGCAUUGAAAGACAAGGAAAUUGGGGCGCAAUUUCUACUCGAAACCGAACGAAUCGUCUGUAUUAUGGGAAUUUACCAAGAAUGGACUAAAAAGGAAAAAAUAUUCUGGAAAUGGAUGGUUUGUAUUAUACAACUGCCCAAAUGUAUAUAUCACCUUUUGAACCAUUGGUUGGGUUUUAGGCUAGUGUGUUGCAGGAGGCCAAAAAAACCAGUUGAAGUGGCGUGUUUCCAAUAUAUUGUAAAAUAAAUCAAUUAAUUGCAUCAA